CUUUCUGGGUGACCAGAGAAACUGGGGCAUGGGCGUGGGGUGGAGCCAGGAACCUCGGCGUCCUGCCUCCCAGUCUCCAGCUCAGGCUCUGCCUGUCAGCCCCUGGGGAAGGAGCCAGCCCUGAGGAGGAGAAAGUGGGUCAGAGCCAGUGUUCGCUGGGGGUCUGGGAAGUGGACUCCUGUUGUCACUUCUCCACUUAGGAGCCCCCAGCACACCUCUGUGCUCACUAGAGAUCGGGUCUGCUCCACUUCCUCCUCCCUGCUCCAUCCUUUCAAAGGGAUGGAAGGCUCAGAUGGGAUGGUGGGAGGAGGCAGGGUCAACCCUGAGGGGAUGUGAAGAUGCCAAAGUAGGUGUUUAUGUUUUUCCUGGGCUUGGUUUCAAAUGAGAGGGUUCAGCCAGCACCUAGCAUGGGACCUGGCAUAUGGCAGCUCCCAGGCGAUGCCAGCGGGCUCCAGCAUGACUGGGCUCAAAGGGCAGGAGGAAACUGGAGGGCAGGUGGGCCUAAUGUCUCUAGGACCCCAGGGAAGCUGGCACCCCACACUCCAUCCGGGGUGCUCUUGGGCCAGCCCUUGGCUUUCGUAUUGUACACAAAGCCAACCUUGCUUUCUUCCUCUGGGUCAGGCCCCACCCCAGUCUUGGGGUCCAGGACAAGGAAGCCUGGAGGAGCACAAGGAGCCAGGAGUGGGUUCCCUUCCUCGAGAUGUAGGGGGUUAGGAGGCCUGACCCUAAGCCUCCGAGGGACGGAACAAGGUCACUGUGCUUUUGAGGGGAUGGUGCUGGCUCCGGAUGAGGCUCAUAUACCCCAUGUUUUGUGGGUGCUCUGCAAGGUUUGUAGGGUGACACAUGGGGUGAGUGGGGAUGCAGGAGAGACAUGAACCACAAGGAAAGGGGCUAUAGAGCAGGAAGGAUUAAGGUUAGGCAUUAGGAAGAUACUGUGGCAUCAUUUGAAUCUCGGAAGUAAAAAAAGACACUUGCUUCCAUCCCAGUCCUCCCCUCUUAUUCCCUUGGAACUGCACUGAGGAUUGUCUGGCUGUGUGUGACACUUCCCUUCCCACUUCUGGCUGUUACUGUAAAUCAUAACAGUGCUGGGAAUUGCCCUAAGCCCCUGGCUUUGGCCACUUCUGGAUGCCCAGUCUCCUGGGUGCUCCUGUCUUCCUUAAGCAGAGGGUUUUCUCCUUAGGUUUCUGGCUGCUCCGGGUUCUGGAGGCCCUGCUUUGAAUCAUCAUAACUGGUGACUUCCUCUCUUCCAGAACAGGGCUCCCCUGCCUACUCUCCCGUGCCUGGGGCAGGCAAGAGAGCCAGGACAGGGCCAGCCAGCCCUUCCGGUUGCUCCCAGCGUGGGUGGGUGGAGUCCUGGGCUGGGAGGGGCUAUUUCUGGGCUCCCUGGAGUCUGCUGCCCUGUCACCCCACUGAGGAGACCUUGGCCUUCCCUUCUUUUUUAGAGAACCUGGUUGGCUAGGAUGAGUUUGUGGUUGGGGGUGGUAAACAAGGUCCCAUGACCUACCUUGAGGUAUCUACCAAUUUCAGACCCCUGUGGGGGUCCUGCUCUAUCACCAUUUUUCUAGAGCCUGCCUUGGCUAAGAAGCUGAGGCUUCAGAUAUUUGUUUAGGUCCUGUUCCCCCUUGCCCCCCAAAUAUACAUCUUGCCAGCCAGUCUAUAUAGCCUGGGAAUGCCCACCUCUGCCACCUGCCCUGUCAGUGUGCACCCCACCUGAGGCAGGAGGCCCCUUUGCUGUCCCUGGCUGGCAGAAGCUGGUGGGAAGAUGGGCUUCAGGACCCACAGCCACUGUGUCCUUGGUUGGCCAGCUCCCCCCGGACUCCCGACAAGAGGGUGAGGUCAUCCAGUCCAGGGAGAGGACAGGUGUCCCUGGCUCCAUGCCUGGAGUCGGGGGCAAGAAGGGGCCAGGAGGGGGCUCCAAAAUAGCAACUGUGACAUCAGGAAGGGGGAGGGGGACACAGACCCAGGAAUAACCAGGCUAUUAAAAGGCUCCAGUGAGGUCAGGGGGCCAAGUGGGAUCUCUGUACCAGUGGGAGGCACAGUCUGAGGAGAAGGGAUGGGCCAGCAAUGGGCAGGGCAGGUAGGUAUCGCCAGUUCUCACGGGGCACCAGCCCGAGGUCCCAGCAGCACCCCAGAACAGGAGCUGACCUGUCAGGUCUGGGACUGGUGAGGAAGGCUGGAUGCUGGCAGCCUCUUGAUUCUUCUUAGAGGGCCUCCAGCCUCAAGUCUGCUCCUCCCUGGGUACCUGUUAACAGAAACCCUGGGACAGCUUCGCUCUGUUGUGCAGGCGGCAGUGGGCUGUGGCAGUUAGAGCUAAGCAGUCUAGCCCUACCAUUUAAGCGGCUAUAUGACCAAGGGUGAGUGACUUCCGCUCUCAGUGCCUUGGUUUCCCCAUCUGCACCUAUCUCCUGAGGUCAUCAUGCAGAAUAAAUGAGGUGAUGUAUGUGCUGCUGUUAGCAUUCCACCUGGCACACUGCAGGGGAGAAACUACCUGUGCUCUGGGAAUGGGCAGGUGCGCCCAGGUCCCCUUCCCUGGGCGGGGAUGAGUCCUGUCCAGGAAGAGUCUCCUGCCCCCUAGAAGGAAGCAGAGCAGCCGCCAGAGGUGAUACCCCAAUAUGUUGAAGGAAGCUGCCACUUAGCUGCUGCCCAGGGGUCUCCAUGUUGGUUGAGGGGCUGAAGAGGCACCUCUCAGCUCUGAGGGAGAGCAGAAGUUAAACAAACUUCUAUCAGGCUCUUAGAAGAACUCCAAGAAAGAUGCAAGGUUAGGCCAGGUGGCCCUGUCUGCCCUCUUGGAGACCUCUCCUGUUCUAAACAUGCUCUGGAUGCAGGAGGGAAGAUAGAGGAUGGAACUGUGUUUUGGUCUCCAGCCCCUCGCCUGCCAAGAACAGCACCAGAGCUGUCCCAGAUGCAUGGAUCCUCCGGUGCUGCCCUUCCCCAGCCUAGCCUCUGGCCACCAGGCUCUGUGGCCUUGGCCCUGAGUGCAGGCCCUCCCCUGUUCCCAUCCCCCUGCCUGGCGCUUCCUCCUGGGGUGGAACGCGCCUCCCCCCAUGGGGCCUCCGCCAGGCCCUGGCUCCUGGCAGCCAGCCUGCAGCUCCCUGAGCAUGCUCCACCUAUUUAUAGACAGGGCCCUCCCCCAACUGCUAUUUCAGUCUCCUGCCAGCUGCCGGCGGCUCAUUCGGGAAGGAGGAGCACGGAGCCGGUCCCAGAGCUGUCACCCAGGGCUGGGAGGGAACACAGAGCCCGCCUGCCUGCUGAGCUCCCCUUCCUGUCCCCUGAGUGCUUUGCCAUACUCCAGCUCCUGAGAGCUGGGGACAGGCCGGUGGUCCAAUGCCCCUCUAGGGCGAGCUGGGCCUGGAGCUCUGGGGCCUCCUGGCUCCUCCUGCUGCCAGGAGUGCCCAGGCCGGAUGAGGCUGAGGCGCCUCCCCAAGUGCGAGUCCCAGCAGCAGUGGCCUGAGGGAGCCCUUGAGCCGUGAGGGCCUGCCCGACCACCUUCCCCUUGGCUGAUUCCCGCCUCUGGCGGCCCCCUCUCUGGCAUGCUGCUGGUGCCCAAGGCUCAGGGGCUCGUGGAGAUGCUGCAAACCAUCUAUGAGACGGAAUCCUGUUUCUCAGCAGAUGGGAUGUCAGGCCGGGAACCAUCCUUGGAAAUCCUGCCUCGGACCCCUCUACACGGCAUCCCUGUGGCAGUGGAGGUGAAGCCGGUGUUGCCAGGAGCCAUGCCCAGCUCCAUGGGUGGCGGGGGUGGAGGCAGCCCCAGCCCAGUGGAGCUGCGGGGUGCUCUGGCAGGCUCUGUGGACCCUGCACUGCGGGAGCAGCAGCUGCAGCAGGAGCUCCUGGCGCUCAAGCAGCAGCAGCAGCUGCAGAAGCAGCUCCUGUUCGCUGAGUUCCAGAAACAGCACGACCACCUGACACGGCAGCAUGAGGUCCAGCUGCAGAAGCACCUCAAGCAGCAGCAGAUGUUGGCAGCCAAGAGGCAGCAGGAGCUAGAGCAGCAGCGGCAGCGGGAACAGCAGCGGCAAGAGGAGCUGGAGAAGCAGCGGCUGGAACAGCAGCUGCUCAUCCUGCGGAAUAAGGAGAAGAGCAAAGAGAGUGCCAUCGCCAGCACCGAGGUGAAGCUGAGGCUCCAGGAAUUCCUCCUGUCGAAGUCAAAGGAGCCCACGCCAGGCGGCCUCAACCAUUCCCUCCCGCAGCAUCCCAAAUGCUGGGGAGCCCACCAUGCUUCUUUGGACCAGAGUUCCCCUCCCCAGAGUGGCCCCCCUGGGACGCCUCCCUCCUACAAACUGCCUUUGCUUGGGCCCUAUGACAGCCGCGACGACUUCCCCCUCCGCAAAACAGCCUCUGAACCUAACCUGAAAGUGCGUUCAAGGCUAAAGCAGAAGGUGGCCGAACGGAGGAGCAGUCCCCUUCUGCGUCGGAAGGAUGGGACUGUCAUUAGCACCUUUAAGAAGAGAGCUGUUGAGAUCACAGGUGCCGGGCCUGGCGUGUCAUCCGUGUGUAACAGCGCGCCAGGCUCUGGCCCUAGCUCCCCCAACAGCUCCCAUAGCACCAUCGCUGAGAACGGCUUCACUGGCUCAGUCCCCAACAUCCCCACCGAGAUGCUCCCCCAGCACCGGGCCCUCCCUCUGGAAAGCUCUCCCAACCAGUUCAGCCUCUACACGUCUCCCUCUCUGCCCAACAUCUCCCUAGGGCUGCAGGCCACAGUCACUGUCACCAACUCGCACCUCACUGCCUCCCCGAAACUGUCAGCACAGCAGGAGGCUGAGCGGCAGGCCCUUCAAUCCCUGAGGCAGGGUGGCGCACUGACCGGCAAGUUCAUGAGCACAUCCUCUAUCCCCGGCUGCUUGCUGGGCGUGACACUGGAGGGCGACUCGAGCCCCCACGGGCACGCCUCUCUGCUGCAGCACGUACUGUUGCUGGAGCAGGCCCGGCAGCAGAGCACCCUCAUCGCCGUGCCGCUCCACGGGCAGUCCCCACUGGUGACGGGUGAGCGAGUGGCUACCAGCAUGCGGACGGUGGGCAAGCUCCCGAGGCACCGGCCCCUGAGCCGCACUCAGUCCUCGCCGCUACCCCAGAGCCCCCAGGCCCUGCAGCAGCUGGUCAUGCAGCAGCAGCACCAGCAGUUCCUGGAGAAGCAGAAGCAGCAGCAGCUGCAGCUGGGCAAGAUCCUCACAAAGACUGGGGAGCUGCCUCGACAGCCCACCACCCACCCCGAGGAGACAGAAGAGGAGCUCACAGAGCAGCAGGAGGCCUUGCUGGGGGAGGGAGCCCUCACCAUACCCCGAGAAGGCUCCACGGAGAGUGAGAGCACGCAGGAGGACCUGGAGGAGGAGGAAGGGGAGGAGGAAGAGGAGGAGGAGGAUGAGGAGGAGGAGGAGGACUGCAUCCAGGUCAAGGAUGAGGAGGGCGAGAGUGGCGCUGAGGAGGGACCUGACUUGGAGGAGUCCAGAACUGGUUACAAAAAGGUAUUCUCAGAUGCCCAGCAGCUGCAGCCACUACAGGUGUACCAGGCACCCCUCAGCCUGUCCACUGUGCCCCACCAGGCCCUGGGCCGAACCCAGUCCUCACCUGCUGCUCCUGGGGGCAUGAAGAGCCCCCCAGACCAGCCCACCAAGCACCUCUUCACCACAGGCGUGGUUUAUGACACAUUCAUGCUGAAGCACCAGUGCAUGUGCGGAAACACACACGUGCACCCUGAGCAUGCCGGCCGGAUCCAGAGCAUCUGGUCCCGGCUGCAGGAGACGGGCCUGCUCAGCAAGUGUGAGCGGAUCCGCGGUCGGAAAGCCACGCUGGACGAGAUUCAGACGGUGCACUCUGAGUACCAUACCCUGCUCUAUGGGACCAGCCCCCUCAACCGACAGAAGCUGGACAGCAAGAAGUUGCUUGGCCCCAUCAGCCAGAAGAUGUACGCCAUGCUGCCUUGUGGGGGUAUCGGGGUGGACAGUGACACUGUAUGGAAUGAGAUGCACUCCUCCAGUGCCGUGCGCAUGGCGGUGGGCUGCCUGGUGGAGCUGGCUUUCAAGGUGGCAGCUGGAGAACUUAAGAAUGGAUUUGCCAUCAUCCGGCCCCCAGGACACCAUGCUGAGGAAUCCACAGCCAUGGGAUUCUGCUUCUUCAACUCCGUAGCCAUCACAACCAAACUCUUGCAGCAGAAGCUGAACGUGGGCAAGGUUCUCAUCGUGGACUGGGACAUUCACCAUGGCAACGGCACCCAGCAAGCGUUCUACAAUGACCCCUCCGUGCUCUACAUCUCCCUGCAUCGCUAUGACAAUGGGAACUUCUUUCCAGGCUCCGGGGCUCCUGAAGAGGUUGGCGGAGGGCCGGGCAUGGGGUACAAUGUGAACGUGGCAUGGACGGGAGGUGUGGACCCCCCCAUCGGAGACGUGGAAUACCUAACAGCCUUCAGGACAGUGGUGAUGCCCAUUGCCCACGAGUUCUCACCUGACAUGGUCCUAGUCUCCGCCGGGUUUGAUGCUGUUGAGGGACACCUGUCUCCGCUGGGUGGCUACUCUGUCACCGCCAGAUGUUUUGGCCACUUGACCAGGCAGCUGAUGACGUUGGCAGGGGGCCGGGUGGUGCUGGCCCUGGAGGGAGGCCACGACUUGACCGCCAUCUGUGAUGCCUCUGAGGCCUGUGUCUCGGCUCUGCUCAGCGUGGAGCCCUUGGAUGAGACAGUCUUACAGCAAAAGCCCAACAUCAACGCAGUGGCCACGCUAGAGAAAGUCAUCGAGAUCCAGAGCAAACACUGGAGUUGUGUGCAGAGGUUUGCUGCUGGUCUGGGUCGUUCCCUGCGGGAGGCCCAGGCGGGGGAGACGGAGGAGGCCGAGACAGUGAGCGCCAUGGCCUUGCUGUCCAUGGGGGCCGAGCAGGCCCAGGCUGCGGCAGCCAGGGAGCACAGCCCCAGGCCAGCAGAGGAACCUAUGGAGCAGGAGCCUGCCCUAUGACGCCCCGGCCCUGUCCUCUGGGCUUCAUCAUUGUGAUUUUGUUUAUUUUUUCUAUUAAAAACAAAAAGUCACACAUUCAA